AGUUGCGUUAUUGUCCUGCGUGAAUCGGCGACAGCAAAGGUUUGUCGCUCGGCAGCGUUUGACAUUUAUCUGCAAGAAACCUUUCGAACUUGUCACGGUGCAGCCUGUGGAGGAAUAGAACUGCGGGGGAAACGUAAAGUCGAGUAUUUCUCUUUCCAGAUGUACCGACGAGGGUAAUCUGAGAGUUCGCACGCGCUUCCUGGUCCGCUGGACUCGAGACAGACACAAAGUCCGCGUGCCACUCACAAACAGAUUGCACGACGCUGCGAACAGAUAAGAAAUGGAUCAUGCAUCACCACAGGACGCUCAUCAAAGCAAGAGCUCCAUGCUGCGCCAGAGGGAACACAGUGAUGAGCCUUUGGACAUGAGGCCCGUUGAUAGCUCAAUUUCUCCCUCUCAGGAAGAAAAGAGGCUGAUCAGAAGAGUACGAAGCCCAUCCAGACAGAGGGCAUGGCUGUCCGGUUCUUCUUACAAACCAAAGUUUGGAGGGCGAUUCUACAAACCUCGGGAUGACCACUCAUUCCACAAACAUGGCUUCCACAACCACAAAUACCACCACUACCCUCCUCGGGGUCAUUACCACCGGAAAGAAUAUUUCCAGCCUAAACCUCACCACUCUGCGCUGAGGGAACACGAGAAGGAGAAGGAGCGGUAUGAGCAAAGAGAGAACGCUGACGGGAGCUCACUUCCAAAACAAAACAGUGCUUCCAGACCUUUCUUACCAAGGACAACCUCCAGCAGAGACAAGGACACACAGUUCAGUGUUUGCCACGGCGACAGGAACCAAAGCAGGGAGAGAGAUCACAGGGGGAGCGGGAGCAGAGAGAGAGAACGGAGCCGAGACGGGGAUCUCCCCUCGACGGCAAGCCAGACUAUGGCACGAGACCGAGCCAUCCAGCAGAAGAGAAGAGAGAUAGACGAGGUGUACUAUCAGGAAUGCGAAAUGUUUGGCCUUGUUGCAAAGAUGCUGAUAGCAAAGGAUCAGUCCCUGGAGGGUCCCAUUCAGUCGUCGCUGCAGGAGAACCUCAGGGACAUUGGCAAGCGCUGUGUGGAAGCCAUGGAAAAAUUUAUCGAAGAAUAUGACUCAAGGGAGCCUUCUCAUUAAUCACACGCACACUCAUUCUCUCUUCCUAUAAUUGAUCUGUGUGAUAAACGUACUUUAUUGCUAAUGAUUUGGUGCUGUUGCUGUGCUGCUUUUUUAUGUUUCCUAGGCGACAAUACAAGCUUCUACUUUCUUAGUUGCUUCCUGGACCAAGAACCCUUUUUUGUUAAGCACUGACCAACACAAGUGAGAAAUGAAAAGGAAACUUUGGUUGUGAUUUUUAACAUCGGAUACUUUUUCUAAUUUUUGAGAAUGUGAUGACAAAUACUUAUAUGCACUUGUUGUACUGCUUUAUGUUUCUUUAUGAAGAUGUCAGAAAUGUAUGUACAUCCUUCUGACAUGCUUAAUUUAUAAGCACUUGCUGUUUAAAAAUGUAACUUUUGUUAACAACACAUUUAACAUGUACUGAACUUCUAAAUGUUGGUGGUGAAUUAUUCAACGUUAGAAGGAGAGGAAAUGAUCAGGUGAAUGCAGAAAACACAUCAAUGGUUCAGUCGGUGAAAGGCCACAUAGUUAGUUUAAGUACUUGUAUUGUCACCAGGUUUUUGGAUUAGGAAUAUGUUAUCCAGUGGCACUAAGAGAAUACAAGGACCUGAUGUUUUUGUUGCCAAUGACUAAAUGUUUAGUUACUUUUCAAUGUGAGCCUCCAAUCUUUAUAGUAGUUAGCUGCUCAAUUACCAAAGUACAGCCUUGAAUAACAAUUAUACCAGUAUGUUUUUGAAAAACAUACAUGAAAAAUACAUGAUGAUGUCAAUAUUGUCAACAUUUGAUUUUGUUGGACUCUAUCAUCAAAACAAUGGAUUGGUUUGAAGACCUUGGGUUGCGGUGUGGUGACAUGGUAACCCAAGGUUGGAUUUACGUCAAAAACCCACUUUGGGCUUUGGUGCCAACAAAAGGUCUGGUCAUGAUUCAACAUGUUUAUGUCAACCUGAUUUUUACAUACAACCACUAUACAACGUUUGUCCACUGUUGGUUGAUGGUGUUCACCAAACUGUAACUUCCAACAUAAAUUUCACCUCUGUCCAUUGUUGGUUGUUGACAUUCAAGCGAUGUCUGCUGAUGAUCAUUAACCUUAUUUUUAUUUCUAAUUAAACCUCAAAAUCUGUCCAAUUUAAAGGUCGGUGCCCACACAACUUUUGUUUUGACGUCAACCCAAUGUUGGGUUUUUGACACUGUUGGAUGUUGGUCUAGUUAAUAUUUGGUUUUGAUGUUAAACAGAUUUCAUUUUUAACCAAAAAUCAAUGUAUGUGUAAUGGUUGAUGUUUAUGUCAACCCAAUGUUUACUGUAAUUAUCAAUAUUCUGACUUUACAUAGAUGUUUAGUGCCAUCUAAGAUUGUUCAUAGAUCAUUUCCCUAACUUUUCGAGUAAUUUCUGUACUCUUUCUGAAGCUAAUUGGCAGUUCAAAGUUUUAAUAUAUUCUGUGCUUAUUUUAGGACCACAAGCCAGCAAAAUUAACGAUAUUCUCGUUCGACUCAGGUGUGUCUGUGGUCAGUCACUUUUGCCACUGUGGGUAGCUCCCCCAUUUUCCUUAUUCAUUGACUUGUACAAUGGACCACUUUCACAGCAUGGCAUGGCAGGACAAUCACAGGUAUAAUUGAUCAUAUUAAAUAUAACUGCUGCCCAUUAAGGGUAGCCAGUGCUGACAUUGUGCAGGCCCAAUGGCAUGGCAUACUGUGACAAUAAGUGGCCUGAGCAAACAAUGACAUUCCUUUCACCUGUGCUUUCCUGCUGUGACACGUCUGAAAUAAGUCUGUAGUAUAUAUUAAAAAAAAUCUGUAAUUCUU